CCCAGCCCCUGUCGGGAGGGAAACUUUCUCCGCUUGGCCCGGGCGGGCGGCGAGCGGGGCUGGUGACUGCAGCGCACGGUGCCCGCAGCCCGCUGCAGCCGCCGGUCCCUCGGCGGGGCUACAGCCGCCCUGAAGCUCCUCUGCUGCUGCAUCCUUCCCCACGGGCUCUUAGUCCACUGCCACCAUCCCCUCAGCUCGGGUAGCGACCCUGUCCACCAGUCCUAGGACAGCCUACCCUUGUCCCACCGUGCUGUAACAGCCAAACGCAGAGGGAGUCUGAAGCCCUCUGGAGAAGCCGUGGCAGAGCACCCAAGCCAAGACCUUGCUGAGAACAACCCUGAAGCAGCCCGGAGGCUUCCACAAGCAGCGGCUGCACAGCGCCCUUCGGCACGGCCCCGACAGCAACACCCCCGCUCCGCUCCGGAGCCCACGGGGAGCCCCGUCUCUCCACUCCCUUCACAGCCGGGACGCGCCUAAUGGGCAACCCGGAAACCCGCGGGCUCCUGUCCUAGAACCCUUCGCUGCCCAGCCAAGAAGGGACAGCCCAGAGCCCUCGGGCGGUACCCCCGGGCGGGUCUCUCCCCCACGCCGCACCCCCGAGGACCCCUCCGGCUGCUGAGGCCGCUGCCCCGCGCUCCAGCCAGGUGCAUGCGCGCUCCUCCUCCCACCCGGCCCCGCCCCCUGGGUGCGCGCCCGCCGGCGCCUCGGAGUGACGUUGCGCUGUGAUGGAGGCGCCCGCAAGCGCACGCGGUGAUCGGGGGCUGUAGCGCGGCCCUGGGGCUACAGCGCAGGUGUCUUUUUUAGGUAAAAAUGGAGGCAAAAAAAGGAAGGAGAUUCAAAUCGUCAUUUAAAUUGAAGCAAAAAGGCAUUCAAAUAAUAGGGGAAUGGAAAACUGUGCAAAUCGACCCCAAUCUAUUUGCUGAUGAGGAGUUUAAAGAUAUAGUAUGCCUGGAAGAACUUACAGACUACAGACUAGUAAGUUCUUCCAAAGUGGGCAAAGUAAAAGAGAAGAAGAGAAAAGCUGAGAGUGCUUCAGAAGUCAGUGAGGAGGAGGAGGAAGAACCUGUUAUCCCUCCCAAAAAGAAAAAGAAAGGUUUGAGAAGCAAAACAGAUGAAAGUGCUGAUCCUAAUGCAACAGAAAUUGAUGUGCCAAUUGGUGUGGAGGCAAAAAGUAAAGCAAUUGAAGUGGCAGCUUGCAAGGACCAUGGAGAUGUGACUGAGAGCACUUCAAGCUCAAAAGAUGUUCCAAAGAAAAAGAAAAAAAAUAAGGGUUCUCAAGAAGGUCUUCCAUCAGUAACUAGUUCUAAGAAAGUUAAAAACUGGACAACGGAAGUUUUAUCUGCUUCAACUGACCACAAAGCUGAUGUGUCUGCAUGGAAAGACCUAUUUGUACCUGAACCAGUGCUGCGGGCCUUGAGCUACCUGGGGUUUAGUGCUCCAACUCCUAUUCAAGCCUUAGCCUUACCUUCUGCCAUCCGGGAUAACAUGGAUGUUCUUGGGGCUGCAGAAACAGGAAGUGGCAAAACACUUGCAUUUGCAAUUCCAAUGAUUCACUCUGUGCUGCAGUGGCAAAAAUCAAAUAGCCCAACAAUGAAAAAUGACAGUGUUUCUGAAGAGGUCCAUCAGGACCAUGAUGGAACAAGAUGGGAAAAUGAAGACCAAGCAAAAAAACUAACCCAUCAGCAGGCUGAAGAUAGUGGAGAUGAAGAUGAUGCAACUUUCACAACAGGCUGUGUGAAGGUGCUGGAAAAUUCUGAAUUUGAAUCUGGCAGCAUGACGCAUACUGUUGGCUCCCAUAAAAAGAAACCUCUUUUAGGACUGGUCCUUACCCCCACAAGAGAAUUAGCUGUACAAGUAAAACACCACAUUGAUGCAGUUGCAAAGUUCACAGGCAUUAAGACUGCAAUUCUGGUUGGAGGGAUGGCUCCACAGAAGCAAGAACGUGUACUCAAUCGGAAGCCAGAAAUUGUAAUUGCAACCCCAGGCCGUCUGUGGGAGUUGGUUAAAGAGAGACACCCACAUCUUUCAAAUCUUCGGCAGCUCAGGUGCCUUGUAAUUGAUGAAGCAGACCGAAUGGUUGAGAAAGGUCACUUCUUAGAGCUGUCUCAGCUGCUGGAAAUCUUAAAUGAUUCACAAUAUAAUCCUCACCGACAAACAUUUGUUUUUUCUGCCACUUUGACUUUAGUCCAUCAGACUCCCUCAAGAGUUUUACAGAAAAAGAAUGCUAAAAAGAUGGACAAGAAGACCAAACUAGAACUCUUAAUGGAAAAAGUAGGAAUAAAGGCCAAACCCAAAGUAAUAGACUUAACAAGGAAAGAAGCUACUGUUGAGACUCUCACAGAAACCAGAAUCCACUGUAAUACCAACGAGAAGGACUAUUACCUCUAUUACUUCCUUCUCCAGUAUCCAGGAAGAACCAUGGUCUUUGCAAACAGCAUAGACUGUAUCAAACGUCUCACUUCUCUUCUCACAAUCUUAAAUUGUGAUCCUCUUCCUUUGCAUGCCAACAUGCACCAAAAGCAAAGGCUGAAAAACCUGGAAAGGUUUGCUGAGAGAGAGAGCUGUGUCCUCCUGACAACAGAUGUUGCAGCUCGUGGUCUUGAUAUUCCCAACGUGCAGCAUGUCAUCCACUACCAGGUCCCUCGUACUUCAGAGCUGUAUGUGCACAGAAGUGGCAGAACAGCCCGAGCUGCCAAUGAAGGCCUUAGCCUCUUGCUGAUUGGUCCUGAUGACUUGAUCAAUUUUAGGAAAAUUUAUAAAACGCUGGAGAAGACUGAAGAAUUGCCAUUUUUCCCAGUUGAAACCAAGUGCAUGGCUUCUAUCAAGGAGCGGAUGAAUUUGGCUCGGCAGAUUGAGAAGGCAGAAUUUUUCAACAGUCGGGCAAAGCAACACAACUCCUGGCUCCAGCAGGCUGCAGAGGCUCUUGAGAUUGAUCUUGAUGAUGACAUGUUUAUGGGAAGGAAACCUAGCGAACAAGAAGAAAGCCAGAAGCAAAAGAUGCUGAAAGGCAUGAAAAAACAGCUAAAACAUAUGUUGUCCCAGCCACUGUUUAAAGUCCUUAUGAAAACCAAGUACCCAACACAGUCUGGAAAACUACUCCUGCCUCCGACAUCAGUGGGCACUUCAGAAUCUGCUCUACGUACUGUGUCCAAACAACAAGCAAAGAGGAAAAAAAUCAAUAAAAUGAAAUUAGACAACUGAGCAAGAUCACUCGAUGUAACAGAAGCAAGAUCAGUCCUUGUCAAGGCUGUCACUGCUUGUGGAAGAAUUCAACUAGAAGACAUGCAGAUCAGAGGAUGUUGCCUGUGUGUUGUUUGUUGGUUUGAGAACAAAGCAAAAUGUUGAUUUAAAGGGCUCUCUUAACAUGCAGAUAGUUUCUGUUGAAUUUUAUCUUGGAUCUUGUUUUCUUAACAUUCUUAUUUUUUCUUACUGUCUGUAUUAAUAGAAGUUAGUUUCAAAAUAGUUCUGUUUAUUACUAUUUUGUGAGAUGGGUAAAACUUGCUGGUUAAAAUUCAUGGUGGGCAUGCUCAAAUGAUGAAACUUGAUUUGAAUGUUAAUAUCCUUAAAGGACAGGAGAAGGUAGACUGUAUACAGUCUGAGCUGGUAGUCUUGGGAGGUUUGGAUUUUAUGGCAGCCAGUUCAGUGAGAAAAAUGGCAAAUAUAGGUAGUGUUAACAGCACAGUUCUACUUAUGGAAAUCUCUCUCAAUUUUGUUUUUUCUUCGAUAACAUUUCUCUGUUCUGUUCUUUACUGGGUUAAAUUCCCGUAGUCCUGUGUUUAAUGUUUUAGGAUGUGCAAAGUCAAGGUGGCAGUGGGCCAGAACUGUCCUAGAAGAUGUGUUUUAUUAAUUCAUAUUUAGAGUUAAGUCUGUAUUUGAAAACACAUUAGAAUUGUGACCUUUGCUUUAAUGGAAGAGAUGAUGAUACAGUGAAAUGUCUCUUCUGAAGAGUGCUUCCUGAUAAUUAUGCUUUUAAAUAAUUUUAACCUGACCUCGGCAAAUAA